AUGGCCAUAUCAACAAAAAAGCAGGAAGUGUUUUCUGCUGACGAAAUCAAAUCAGGAAUUUUGUCGCAUUUGGAAGGAAAUGAUCUUUACCAAAAAGUGUCAUCUCAUCUUGCAUGCCUGGACUAUAAUCCUGAUUUUGAAGAAGAAAAUUUGAAGGCUGAAAAAUGGCUUGAGUGGGCAGUUGGAGUAAAGGAGUUGAAGGUCAUUCAUCAAGCUGUACCGGUUGGAAUCCUGCCAAACGGUUACCAAGGAACCCUGAUUGAUGUCAAAGUCUUCUCUAAACGGGGCCCUGAUGAUGGAAUCUAUGACAAUAAUGAAGAAAUCAGAGCAAAAGUUGCCAGGGGUAACACGUUUCUUCACAUUGAUAAUGGUCCCUACCAUGGCACAACCUGUAUACUCUAUGCAAUGAAAAAAUUCACAGGUGGUCUUGGAGAUGAUGAUGACAAAGAGAAGGGAGAUAACCACACAUGGAAGAAAUAUUUCACUAAGCCAAUCAAAUCCACCAAUAGUAUAGUUGCUACAAGGAAAGCCAAUGGAGAAGCUGCUCACUUGAGCUGUCGGAAUAUCGAUGGAGAGUUUCUCCUGUGUGGUGGAUCAAAGAAUGUUCAUAUGCUGUUCAGAAAGAAAUUGGAUAUAAAACGUUACCCAGAAGAUCGGUUCCGGAUAGCGAGAGAAGUGUGUAAAACUGUGAUGGACGUUCUCGAACAGAUGGACCCAAAUGACAAACACAGACUGCUGAGUUUUCUAGCGCUGACUCACUACACAGCCGUGUUUGAGAUUCUUGCACCUCAUCACCAACACGUUGAAGAUCUCUCCUAUCUGUCUAGUCCACAGCUCAAGUUUAUUACAUGGACUUUGAGUGACCUUGAACCCUCCAAAGAGAACCAGCUUUGUACAGUACCACCACAUAUAGGAAUAGAGAUAGCUCGUGCCUUAGGUUUAACUACCGUAGAUUAUGAAAUGUUGCCGCUGUCCCAUGUGGAAAAUCGGAUGAAACGGAUCCGAGAAGGGUACAGCUACGAAGGGGAAGUGUUGUACUUCCUCGAUUCUUCAGGGUCUGUGAUGGGACUUCUGAAGAAGAAAACUAUUUGGUAUAUUCUGUGUCGAGCAAUACGCGAGAAAGUUCGAGGAGCUUGUGCCUCUGCUGAGAAAUCUCCAAAUAAUUAUUCAGUAUCCAAGUCUAUAAACAUGACUGAAAAGAGAAUCACAGAGAUCCAGGAAUGGCUCGGUCUUGAUGAGGACAGUGUCCGAGCCUGGAAGGAUAUUGCAAUGCGAUUUCUCAAGUGGUGUCUCCACAGAUGUGAGUCCGGGAAUCUCUCUGCUGCUGACAUCAUGGACCAGUUCCCAGUUCUAUGGAAGCUACAUCUUGAGGAGAGCGGGAUGACCGACAGAAUUUUAGCUUGCUGGCAAGAACCAAGUGGAUCCGAGUCAUAGCAACGGCCCCAUGGUACACUCAAACAAACAAGUGUUACCAUGGUAACAACACACCAAUGCAAACUAAAGACAUUAUUACCAUAGACAUAAUUAUUUUAUGACCUGAUAACUUGAGAUUAGCAAUAAGAAAGUCAUAUCAUGUUAUAUCACUGGCCAGAUACAUUUUGUUGACUUGUAUGUAUUUUCAUAUCAACUUUUAAAAAUGAUAUUUAGCAGCCCAGGUAUGUAAGGCAUUUAUUUAAUGUUUGUAUGUUCAGGUUGAAAUUUAUAAAGCUGACAAAUAAUAUUAAUGUGAUUCUCAACAAUUUUUUUAAUUUCAUAUUUUGCCCCCAGAUCAAUGACACUGUCAAGUUUAAAUUAACACAAUUAAGUUUUGGUAUGAUUAAAACAAUGUAAAAUGUAUGACAAAAAUUACAUUUUUAUAUGCGGUAAAAUUAUGUGGCAUUGUUACAAUUACAAUUUUUUUUACAAGUAAACAAAUGGUAAUUAGGUUGAGUGGAUUAAUGCCAGAGUAUUAUUUUAAAACAAAAAUGUAUACUUUUUAUGUAUAUGUGUUGGAAAAGGGGAGAGGCACUAGCAAAAAAAAACCCUGGUCACUAGUAUCACGUGGGCUCACAUGUAAAAAGGAAAAUUUCAGACCUUGAUGAAUUUAGCAUACGUUAAUAUGAUUAUAAAGCAGAGACAUCUGGUAGUACAGUGAUUGGUAGCCCAAGCUAGAUUUCAGUAGCCAGAAUAUUACAGGCUAAUAUUAAGGUCAAGCCUUGUAUGUGCAUCAGUACGUUUAGCAGCCAAAGUACCUAACCUAAAUUAUCAUCUAUUAAAGGAUUUUGUAGGAGAUAUCGCUGGCACUAUAAUUUGCGACAUCUGCAAUAUUCUCCUAGGAGAUAUUGCUUCUUUUGUUACAUCACUGUGUAUGUCUCAGCGUUAAACCUAUC